AAUGAAGGGAAGGAGUUGACCAAAGAGGAGAAGCAACGUCUGAGGAAACAGAAGAAACAACAGAAGAAGAAACCGAAGGAAAACAAGAAUGAAAAGGUCCCGUCAGAAACAGAGAAGGACAAGACACCUGUCUCCCUGUUGCCACCACCACGACCUGUGGCAACACAGAAAGCUCCCUCAGCAUUGCCUGCCCCUGCCUCUGCACCAAUACCUGUGCCUGCCUCAGCUCCCUUCCACUCCUCUCCCACACCCUCCCCGGCAGACAAGCCGGCCAAGAGCAAAGCUGAGCUGAAGGCAGAGAGGAGAGCCAGGCAGGAGACUGACAGGGCCGCCAAACAACCAGGCUCCUCGUCCUCCGGCAUCAAGACCAAAGUCCCUCUCAGUGAACUGAACCCAGUGGUGAAGAGACUUCCUGAGCAUGUCCAAGUGGACGACCCGGCAGUGGUGAAACGACUGGCCAAGAAGUUGGAGAGACAACAGACGCUACCGCACGGCGCCUCUAAUAAGAUCCCACUGCGAUCCGACUAUGGCUACAAAGUCAGCCUGUUCUCUCACCUGCACCAGUAUAGCCGCAAAGCCCCCCUCACCCAGCAACUCAGCAUUCCCUCCACAGUGAUCCACCCCUCCAUCGUGCGGUUGGGUCUGCAGUACUCCCAGGGUAUCGUGGCGGGAUCCAACGCUCGCUCUGUGGCCCUGCUCCAUGCCUUCAAACAGGUGAUCAGGGACUACACUACUCCACCCAAUGAAGAGCUGUCCAGGGAUCUGGUCAACAAACUGAAGCCCUAUAUCAGCUUUCUCAAUCAAUGUCGACCUCUGUCAGCGAGCAUGGGCAACGCAAUCAAGUACAUCAAGAAAGAAAUCUCCAAUAUUCCAAGUCAAUGCAAAGAGGAGGAGGCGAAGACCAAACUGCUGACGUGUAUAGACCAGUACAUAGAGGAGAAGAUAGUUCUGGCAGCCAAGGCCAUAUCUAAAUACGCUAUAGAGAAGAUCAGUGAUGGAGAUGUCAUUCUAGUUUAUGGAUGCUCGUCCCUGGUGAACCACAUCCUGUGCGAGGCGUUUGAGAAGAGCAGGAAGUUCCGUGUUAUUGUGGUGGACAGCCGGCCUCGUCUGGAGGGAAGGGAGGCUCUGAGACGUCUCGUACAGAGAGGCAUCCAGCUGCACUCUACGUCCUCAUUUCUGCGCUCUCAUACAUACUACCUGAGGUGUGGGUGUUCCUGGUGCCCAUGCCCUGCUUUGGCUAAUGGCUAUGUGAUGUCUCGUGUGGGCACAUCUCAGAUAGCUCUGGUGGCCAGGGCGUUCAACGUGCCAGUUCUGGUCUGCUGUGGAAACAUACAAGUUCCU